CUCAAAUCGCUGCUUAGUUGGAGUGCUCUCGUCGCCGAUACUUCCGUCGGUCGGUCGCUUCUCCGGUCUGUUGCCGAUCUUUCGACAGUGACACGGCAGUUACCUCAAGCUGUCCAUCCCGCUUCGCCUCCGAGAAAAUCGCCGGAGGUUGUCUGUACAAUGAAGGGUUCGGGAGGCAAACAGCAGGUCAAGAUGGAGAGUUUGACCGCCGAUGAGUUGCGUGAACUUGGAAAUAAAUUGUUCUCAGUCCGGAAAUACGACGAGGCCUGUCAGUGCUACUCGAAGGCAAUCAUCAAAAAUCCCUCGGUUCCGCUUUACUUCACCAACAGAGCCCUCACAUACACCAAGCUCCAUCAGUGGGAGCUCGCUAUCCAAGAUUGUAGACGAGCAAUCGACCUGGACGCGACUAAUGUCAAGGGCCAAUUUUUCUUGGGCACUGCUCUGCUGGAACUCGACUCCCUUGACGAGGCGAUUGUGCACCUACAACGCGCUCUCGACUUAGCCAAAGAGCAGAAAAUGAACUACGGAGACGACAUCGCGGUCCAGCUGAGAAUCGCGCGGAAAAAAAGAUGGAAUCUCCAAGAAGAUAAAAGAGUGCAGCAAGAGAUCGAGCUGCAAGGCUACCUCAAUCAAUUGAUUAUAUCCGAUUUCGAAAAGAAACUCCGGGACGCUGAGAAUAAUAAGGCCCCAGCGAGUGAAGUCGCUAAGAUACAGGACAAGCACGAAGGUGUGCUGUCGGAAGUGAAUCAGCUCUUCGCCAAAGUCGACGAGCGCCGUCGGAAACGUGAAGUCCCAGACUUCCUUUGUGGGAAAAUAUCGUUCGAGAUCAUGAACGAACCCGUUAUCACGCCUUCCGGCAUCACAUACGACAGGAAAGACAUUGAGGAGCACCUACAGAGAGUCGGGCACUUCGAUCCCGUUACAAGAACGCCGCUUACACAGGAUCAACUUAUACCAAACCUUGCUAUGAAAGAAGUUGUAGAUACGUUUGUCGGGGAGAACCCAUGGGUGCAGGAUUUCUGAAGCCUAGCGUCCACCAAAGUUUGAUCUUGUAUAUUGCUCGUAUCUUGAACAUAUAGAAUGAUUUAAUGAGGAGCUAAUGUAUGCUUCCUGAAGUGCAAUGUAAAGAAGAGAGCCCUACUUAAGUCUAGCACUCAGGUGCUGCUCGAUUGGGCUCUUUCUAUGUAAUUUUCGGUUCUCUGUUCAUCUCCUAAAUUGCCUACUGUAUCAUAUGACCGUGGAACAAGUGAACUUUCGCCGCGAAUAAAUACCAUGA